CUCAAUGGAGAAAGUAAACCAAUCUGUGGUGUCUGAAUUUGUUAUUCUUGGGCUUUGUGAUUCAUGGGUGCUCCAAGCCUUUCUCCUAGCGAUAUUUUCUUCACUUUAUUUGAUCACCAUUUUAGGCAACAUCUUCAUUGUGGUCAUAAUCAUUACCGAUCUCCAUCUCCACUCCCCUAUGUACUUCCUGCUAGCCAAUCUCUCAUUCAUUGACUUCUGCCUUUCCUCAGUCACUACCCCUAAAAUGAUCACAGACUUUCUCAAGAAAAACAAGACCAUCUCCUUUGGAGGUUGCAUGUGUCAGAUUUUCUUUGGACACUUCUUUGGAGGGGGUGAGAUGGUACUGCUUGUGUCAAUGGCUUAUGACCGUUAUGUGGCCAUCUGCAAGCCACUCCAUUACUCCAGCCUCAUGAACAGACAUACGUGCAUUCGGUUAGUGAUGGCAUCAUGGACCAUUGGCUUUGUGCAUUCCAUAAGCCAACUAGUUAUGAUUGUAAAGCUGCCCUUCUGUGGACCCAGAGAAUUGGAUAGCUUUUUCUGUGAUAUUCCAUUGGUGAUCAAGCUGGCCUGCAUGGACACUUAUAUUCUAGAAAUGUUGAUAAAUGCUGACAGUGGGAUACUGGCAAUCAUCUGCUUCAUUCUGUUGCUGAUCUCUUACUCUCAUAUUCUGUUUACUGUCUGCCUUCACUCAAAAGAUGGAGCAUCCAAGGCCCUCUCUACCUGCACUGCCCACAUCACAGUAGUGGUGCUCUUCUUUGGGCCCUGCAUUUUCAUCUAUCUCUGGCCAGUCAGCAUCACCUGGGUGGACAAGUUUCUUGCUGUAUUUUAUGCAGUCAUCACACCUCUCCUAAAUCCAGCCAUUUACACCCUAAGAAACAAAGAGAUUAAAAAUGCCAUGAAGAAACUGCAAUGUUAGCAUAUGGAUUUCAGUGGAUAG